GGCUCUAUUAGGACACAAAUUUUGGCCCGGAGACGAAAAGGCAAUAACGUAACAUCUUCACAAGCACUUAUAGGAACAUGAGCGCCUGUUACAAGAUAUUCGUCACUGAGGGAAUCACGUGCCUGCCUCUAUCGGCCCUUGACAUGCGCUAUACAAUAGUUCGCUAAUUUUAUUUGGGAAAUCGACAUAAUGAGUGUCUGUUCGACGUCCGAAACCUACUGGCCCCUUCUGAUUGAGAAUGUAAGUCUCCUAUUUUACAGAGCUAGAGGACGCGGUGUGCUCCAUUAUCAAGUAUGUUCCCUUUGUUGGGACCCUGUACCCUUGAAGUGCACUAUGGUUACGUACAAGAACCGUGACUGUCAAUCUCUUGCCAACUUCAUCGAAGGUUUCAUCCGCGAUGUCGUUCUAGUUUACGGAGUGACCGAGGCCACGCCUGUCGUGCUCCUCCACGCGAUGGCCGAAUCCUUCACGGAUAAGAUGAUUGACAUAUACUUCAGAUUGUUUCCCCGGCGCCGAGUUCAAGGGACUAUCAAGCAUCCGAUAUAUACCCCGAAAGGCGAGACAAUCCACCUUCGCAUGCCGCAUGGACUAUACAAUGACGCGAUGCCGCGCGCGUGGCGUUUUCUUGGAAGUGAAUGGCAGUCCAGCCUGAGAGGUGCCAUGCCUCUAAAGAUCAGAUCGCAACGGAGACAAGAAUAGAAGUGAAGGGUACGUGAGAUGAUGUGGGCUGCUUCGAACAACUGGACUAAAGCUUCGGGUACUUUUUAAAAUAAAACUUGGCGCGAGGUGGAUUUCGAUUGAUGCAUUUACCGUAUACUUGGCGUCUAUGUGUUUUCCUAAUAAAUGAAUAGAUUCAUUGUAUGAAGCAAAUACCUAGGUAUACAGCGGGUUAAAGAGGGGGUAAAAAGGAGCCGAUGAAUGUUGUCCCCUUUUUACGAUAUCACGAACUAAUUGGUAACGGUGGAUAAGAUGAAACUGCUA